UCAUAUUGCAGGCCGUUAGAUAUCUUCAUUCUUGCUGGUUGAGACUUUGUGGCGCGCUUUUCCGAAGUUUCCCCUCACUUUGGCUUCCGAGCUCAGCGGGGCCUUUUCUGGCCUACUAGAGGGUAUUCAGACGGUCUCCUGUCUCCGGUUCUUGAACUCCUGCGUCUCCCAGGCACCAAGAACGAACGAGGCCGACUCUUUCCCUACGUAGGAGGCAGCUUUGCUCUCCAGGAUCGUAGUCCCGGUGCUCCGAGCAGAGUCUCGAGUACGCGGUCCUGAGAAGGUUCGUGGCGGAGGGAGAUUGGAAGGAAAACAACCAUAGUUUUAGGUGCAAUGCAAAGGGCUUCACGGCUGAAGAGAGAGCUGCAGUUACUGACCACAGAGCCACCACCAGGUAUUACCUGCUGGCAGAAUGGGAAUCACAUAAAUGAUCUUCGAGCCCAAAUACUAGGAUGUGCAAAUACCCCAUAUGAAAAAGGAGUUUUUGCCUUGGAAGUCAUUGUUCCUGAAAGGUAUCCAUUUGAACCUCCAAAAAUGCGCUUUGUUACUCCCAUAUACCAUCCCAACAUUGACUCAGCUGGAAGAAUUUGCCUGGAUGUUCUUAGAUUACCACCCAAGGGUGCUUGGAGGCCGUCCUUGAACAUUGCUACUUUGCUAACUUCCAUCCAGAUCCUCAUGAAUGAACCUAAUCCUGAUGACCCUCUCAUGGCUGAUAUAUCUUCAGAGUAUAAAUACAACAAGCAAGCAUUUCUAAAAAAUGCCAGACAAUGGACAGAAAAAUAUGCAAGCCAGACAACAAUGCCUUUAGAAAUCACCAAUGAAGAGAAAUACAAAAGCCAGGCUGAUCUCCCAAAAGAUUCCAGUAUUUCCCAGAAGAGGAAAGGAAGCAAUAUCAAUGGAUUGUCCAAAAAAUGUCGCUUAGAAACAUAAUGAUUUCCUGCUAUAGUAUUUCAGUGGCUGUCACUGUUUGUUCUUAGAGUAAUUUUCCAUCCUUUAAAUAGGCUUAAUGCAAUUGAUGUACUGUUUACUCAUUAUGUAAUGGUAGCCUUACUGUAUCAGUGACAUGAUGUUCAGCGUGGUAUCUGUCUGUUUUUUUUUUUAAAUCUUCUUACAUUAUUUCUAUAACAUACUUUAAUCUUUCCAUGAAAACUAUGUUCCACUGCACUUUACAUAUAUUUAGAAUGAAAGCAAGAAUAUAUAAUAAUUUGAUUUUGUUAUGACUGAUGUUAUGAAUGGAUUGUAAACAAUUUCUUUUGAUAGUUAAAAGGUUAUGCAGUUUCUUCAUCUUCAUUUGCUACAGUAUGAAUAAAUAUAAAAAUGUAUAUAUUUUGCUGUUCUUUAGCUGCUUUGUAAAUCAUACUUUAUUUUUGGUAAGCUGCAUAUUCAUCUGAACAUUUCAAACUUUAAAGGUGAAUCCAAACAUACAUAUACACAAUUUAAACUAUAAUUUAAGCAUAUUUUCAUUAGUAGGAAAAAUAGUUGUAGAAUAAUUGAUUAGAAAGAGAGAAACUGUCAGAACCAUAUGAAUACUUGAAAUUUACCUCAUUUUGACAUGGGGAUUUUUUUCCACCUGACUUUUAGCUUUCUUUCUAGCAGACCUACAGUAUAUUACUUGUAUUAUGUGAUAUGAAAUUACACUGCAAAAAAGUUGCUGUUAUACAGGCUACAUUAGAGAAAUUCCUAUCAUUUUUCAUUUUAUGUAGUUUGGGAAUCUAAAUGUUUAAUUUGCAGCUAUGUGCCAGUUUUAGAAUCGCCAGAUGUUUUAAUAUAGAUAGGAUACUAGAAGAAUUUCUUCUUAAAUUUCUUUGCAGUUACUUGAUUUUAAGGGAAGUUUAUUAUUAUUAUAUGCUUCCUCUAAAUUUAGGGCUUGGAUUUUUCAGAUACAAAACUAUCAAAAGAAAUACUUAUUUUAUUGCAAAGAAAUAGAUGGAGCUUUGUAUAUAUGUGUGAAUAAGAUCCAUAGAUCUACAUACACAUUCAGUUUGUAGCUGUAUACACAAUCCUAUUAGAAAUAUUUCUGCAAGAUUCCAUGCUAUUGAAUUUGCUCUCCAGAUUUUCUUUUCUUUUAAUAGUAUGAUAUGGCUGUAAGCAUGUUCAGUUUUCACUAGCUUCUUUAUAUAAGUGGUAGUAGGAAUUGCCUACAGGCCUAUUAUUCCCCAGUGGACCUGCUUCAACCAAAAUUCUGGUUCCAAAUGACAUAUGUGUUAGAAGAAAAUAAAUGUUCAGAGAAUUCUUUAGAAAACAUACUGCACAUUUUCUGCAAAACAUAUAGUAAAUUAUACAAUCAUACAUUUACCAAACUGCAAGCUCUGGAUUUUGUGGUAUAUAUAAUCUCUACUUAAAAUUCAAAAUUCAGUGACUUCUUAAUUUUAUUUUCAUUUAUAACAGGCUUGUCUUAAGUUCUGAAUUACUAUUUAAAGGUAAUAAACUUAAUUUUAUAGAAUUUUCAGAAUUGAAAAACUUGAAUUUUAAGUCAUUAACCCAUCUUCAAUAGCUGUUCUCAUCCCAUUUCUAAUAAACUGCAGCUUUCCAUGCUUACCCUUGUUUGCUUUGUUUUCUUAGGUAUACAGGCAUAACAGCUUUUGGGGUUUUUAAAAGACAGAUUCCACUGAUCCAUUCUGAAUUCAAUUUGUUUAGGCAAAGGAAAGAUGUGUGUUUGUGUGCACAUGGAGAAGCAGUUUUU